ACGGUGACCAAGCUUCCCACAUCGACGACCUCAGCCCAACUCUCCUAACUUAUACUCUACACACUACUUUGCACACUGCGACACAGAAGUUAUCAUGGCUGCUCUCGCUUCAAUUCUGCCACAGCCUGUUUAUGCUCCAUCCGUCUCGGAUGAGGAAGAGGAAAUCGUGCAAGUCUCCAAACAGGUCGCCGAAAGCUCAAUACAACCCAAGUCUGUCAUCAUUCGUGCUGCUGUACCAGCAUAUGGUCAGAGGAAGGGAUGGAAGCCAACAUCGCAAGAAGACUACGGUGAUGGUGGUGCCUAUCCUGAAUGUCAUGUUGCACAAUAUCCUCUUGGGUUGGGUAAGAAGAAGACUGCAGCAGGAAACACACUCGCACUUCAAGUGGACAGUGAAGGCAAUGUCCGAUAUGAUGCCAUUGCUCGUCAGGGUCAACGGGCAGGCAAAAUCGUCCAAUCACAAUUCAAAGAUCUUGUUCCCCUCGCACAUCGCAAAGACCUCGACGAUACAGAGCGAAUUUUGGAGAGGCCGUCGGAGGAUGAAGUUCAAGCGACCGCAGAUAAGACGCGUGCCGCACUCGAGAAGCUCGUAAACGGCAAGAUCAAGGCUGCCCAACCGAAGAACGUGCCUGAUAGUCAAGGAAAAACAUCGUUUAUUCGGUAUACUCCUGGACAGCAGAAUGGUGCAGAUGGGUUGAAGCAGAGGAUUAUCAAAAUGACGGAGGUCGUUGAGGAUCCCUUGGAGCCGCCACGGUUCAAGCAUAAGAAGAUUCCUCGUGGUCCUCCCAGUCCACCGCCACCCGUACUUCGUAGUCCUCCCCGGAAAGCUACUGCGCAGGAGCAGAAGGAGUGGAUGAUCCCGCCCUGUAUCUCGAAUUGGAAGAACAACAAGGGAUACACCAUUCCUCUUGAUAAACGUCUCGCGGCAGAUGGCCGAGGUCUCCAAGACGUUCACAUCAAUGACAACUUCGCGAAGUUUUCAGAAUCUCUCUUCAUCGCUGAUCGACAUGCACGUGAGGAAGUCAGACAACGUGCACUUAUGCAACAGAAACUCGCCGAGAAGGAGAAAGCGCAAAAGGAAGAGAACCUUCGUCUGCUUGCGCAACGUGCCCGAGAAGAACGAGCAGGCAUUCCCUCUGCUCGACCAGUUGCGGAGAUCAAACCAACAGCCGAACGCACAGCGGCAAUGCAAUCAACACUCGGUGCAUACGGUAGCGAAAGCGAAGCGGACGAAAGUCCGAGUGAGGAAGAAGAAGACGAGGAGGCUGCGAAGAUUCGUGAUCGUAUGCGUGAGGAGAAACGUCGUGAACGUGAACGAGAGAUGAGGAUGAGCAACAUGGGUCAAGAACAAAGGGCGAAGAUGCUUGCAAGGCAACAGAACAGAGACAUCUCCGAGAAGAUCGCUUUGGGUCUGGCCAAGCCGACAGCAUCAAAAGAGUCGAUGGUGGAUUCCCGGUUGUUCAACCAAGAAUCCUUGUCUGGUUCAUUCGCAGACGAGGAUACCUAUAACCUUUACGAUAGGCCUCUAUUCCACGGUUCGAGCGCUGCUAGUGCCAUCUACAAGGCACGGGGUAAUAUUGCGGAAGGGAAUGAAGAGUCGUUUGGAGAAGGAACGGAGGAAGGUAUCAGCAAGGCGUUGGACAAUGAUCGGUUCGGUCUUGGCCGUGCAAGGAUAGGAUUUGAGGGUGCUCAAGACCAGGAAGUUAAAGAAGGACCUGUGCAAUUCGAGAAAGACACUGGUGAUGUGUUCGGUUUGGACAAGUUCUUGAGCGAGGCGAAGACUGGGAGGAAGAGGGGUUUGGAUACCGAAGGUGGUUCUCGAAAACGGCAGCAGCUCGAGAAAGCUUCGGAGAGGGAGGGUUAAUCGGUCUUUUCAGCUUCCCACAUGUUUUUUCGGCAUUUUGUAUCACUGUUGUAUAUGUAUACUAAUGUUACGCUCCAUUCUCUGCCCUUAAUAGACUGCUGCAAGCGACUAAAACUAUACUGUGAGUCUUC